UGGACUGGCUCAGAAGGAGAAGAAAAUGACCAAGUUCCAGGAGGCCGUGAUGUUCAAGGACGUGGCUGUGGUCUUCACCGAGGAGGAGCUGGGGCUGUUGGACCCUUCCCAAAGGAUGCUGUACCAAGACGUGACCCUGGAGAACCUCAGGAACCUGAUCUCUGUGGGACACUGGAACCAAAAUGACAUAGAGACUCUUCACAAAGUUCAAUUAAGGUACCUUUUACUGGAAAACAUUUUGUGCUGGCAAGUAUGGAACCAACUUCUGAGUAAGUUAACCAGAAAGCAAGACUUGAUAAUAAACCUGCGAAGCAAAGUUUUGGAUUUGCCAAACCAAGGUGAUACCUCCUGUCAGUUGUGUCCAGGAGAAUCUAUAAGAAAAGAAGAGUUUCCCAUGAAGAAAGUGUAUCUGAGAGAGUCACACAAUGAUCAGAGUAGGUGGCAGGAGGGUGACGGCAGAUGUAAAGUGUGCGAGUGUGAGCAUUGUGUCAGGAGAAGGACCUCUGGUCUCCACAGUGAUGAUCAGGAAGUGCAGGAACUUGAGACAUUUUAUAGCCACAAUAAUUGUGGGAAAGACUUCGUGAAGGAAUCAUUGCAGUAUACUGUAAUCCACUCAGAAGAGUACACCUCUACCGAAAAUGGAAAAGGCAUCAGCCUAAGCCCCAGACUUGAGCUCCAUCAGCAAUUGCACCUGGGAGCAGAAACUCAUAUACAUCAUGAGUUUGGGGAGGGUGAGAGUUAUAGCUCAGAGCUUUGCACUGCUCAAAGUGUUCACACAGAGGAGAAAUGCAAAAGGAGUGAUGAGUGUGGUGAGCAUGUCAGUCAAGGUUCACAUCAGCAAAUUCAUCAGCAAGUCCACACUGGAGAGAAACCCUACAAGUGUGUUGUGUGUGGGAGAAACUUCAGUCAGAGUUCACAGCUUCAAGUUCACCAGCGAACGCACACUGCAGAGAAGCCCUACAAAUGUGCUUUUUGUGGUAGGAGGUUCAGUCGGAGUUCAUAUCUUCUAGACCAUCAGCGAGUUCACACUGGAGGGAAUCCGUGCAAAUGUGCUGUGUGUGGGAAGUGCUUCAUUUAUGCCUCCAGUCUUCACACUCAUCAGCGAGUCCGUGUGGGACAGAAACGCUACAAAUGUGCUGUGUGUGGAAAGAACUUCAGUUGUAGUUCAUUUCUUCAAGAUUAUCAGCAGGUUCACACUGGACAGAAACUUUACAAAUGUGCCGGUUGUUGCAGGAGUUUCGGUUGGAUGUGUAGUCUUCAAGCUUAUCAGCGAAUCCACACUGGAGAGAAGAUCAACAAAUGUGCUGAGUGUGGGAAGAGCUUCAGUCGGAAUUCAAACCUUAAAGUUCACCAGCGAGUCCACACCGGAGAAAAACCCUACAAAUGUGCUGUUUGUGGGAAGAGCUUCAGUCAGAAUUCUAGUCUUCAGGCUCAUCAGCGAGUGCACACUGGAGAGAAACCCUACAAAUGUACUGUGUGUGGGAAGAACUUCAAACGUAAUUCAUACCUUCAAGUUCAUCAGCGAAACCACACUGUAGAGAAACCGUGCAAAUGUACUGUGUGUGGGAAGACCUUCAGCCAGAACUCCAGUCUUCAAGCUCAUCAGCGAGUACACACUGGAGAGAAACCCUACAAAUGUACAGUGUGUCAGAAGAGCUUUAGUCGGACUUCAUACCUUCAAGUUCAUCAGCAAAAGCACACUGGAGAGAAACGCUUCAAAUGUGCUGUGUGUGAGAAGAGCUUCAGUCAUUCCUCCAAACUUCAAUAUCAUCAGCGAGUCCACAAUGGAGAGAAAAUCAACAAAUGUGCUGAGUGUGGGAAGAGCUUCACUUACUACUCCACUCUUCAAGUUCAUAUGCGAGUUCACAGUGGAGAGAAACCUUACAAAUGUGCUGCAUGUGGGAACAGUUUCAGUCAGAGUUCAUAUCUUCAAGUUCAUCAACGAGUUCACACUGGAGAGAAACCCUACAAAUGUGCUGUGUGUGGGAAGAGCUUCAGUCAUACCUCCAGUCUUCAUGCUCAUCAGAGAGUCCACACUGGAGAGAAACCCUACAAAUGUGAUGUGUGUGGGAAGAGCUUCAGUAGGCGCUCAUGUCUUAAAGAUCAUCACCGAAUCCACACUGGAGAGAAAUCCUACAAAUGUGUUGUGUGUGGUAAGAACUUCAGUAGGCGUUCAUAUCUUAAAAUUCAUCACCGAGUCCACACUGGAGAGAAACCCUACAUAUGUGCUGUGUGUGGAAAGAGCUUCAGUCAUACCUCCAGUCUUCAUGCUCAUCAGCGUGUUCACAGUGGAGAGAAACCAUACAACUGUGCUCUGUGUGGGAAAAGCUUCAGUCAGAGCUCUGGACUUCAAGUUCAUCAGCGAGUCCAUACUGCAGAGAAACCCUACAAAUGUGCUGUGUGUGGCAAGAGUUUCCGUUACAACUCCGGACUUCAAGUUCAUCAGCGAGUUCACACUGGAGAGAAACCCUACAAAUGUGCUGUGUGGGAAGAGCUUUAGUCGAAGUUCACAUCUUAACGUUCAUCAGCAAGUCCACACUGGAAGGAAGCUCUACAAAUGGGCUGUGUGUGGUAAGAGCUUCAAUUGGACCUUAGGAAUUCAAGCUUAUCAGGAGAUCCACAUAUAGAUAUGUGAUAAGUGUAGCAAAUCUGGUAAAGGCUUCACCCAGGUUUCAAGUCUUCCAGGUGAUCAUAGGGUCCAUACUGGGCAGAAAGUCUACACAUGUUUCAUUUCCCAUGAGGGCUUUAGUGAGAAUUUAUAGCUGCAGGUGGAUGAGAGAAUACAUAAUGCUGGUAAGCACAUCAUUCCUGAUGGGUGUGUGGUAUAAGUGUUCUUCAGAGCUUAGACUUUUGACUUUCAUUAGAGAACCUACACAGAUGAGAUGGUUUAUACAGUGUUGUGUGUUAAGAAUUCAGCAUAAGCUUAGUUUUCUACAGUCAUGUGAAUUCCAUUGGAAAAAACCUCCAUCUUACAUCACUGUGGUCAGUGUUCCAGCUGACUUGAAAAUGUCACAAAAUCCAGAAAACGCACAACAGAGAAACUCUAUGAGAACAAUACUAUGAGUUUGUCAGAACCUUCACACUUUCUAAAGUCUAUGGAAGAGAGACUUAAAAGUGAAGACCCCUAGGACCUUAACAAAGGUAGAUUGAUGGAUUUGACAAAAUUGACAUUCAGGAGAAUGUCAGCUUCCUGGAAGCAGGGAGUUUGUUCACUGCUGCUAGUCCAUGACAGCAAACCAGUGCCUUAGUAAUAGUAAGUGCCUGGAAGUGUCUCACAUGAGGGAGAGGAAAAACUGUGAAAAAUAGGGUAACUAGACAAAAAUUCUCAUGAGUCCAACCUCAACUAGUAAUAAUAAGUUGUAGUAGGAAAAUGAUUUGUGUAAGAAACUUAAAACUUAAUUCAAGGAUCCCUGGCUGGUUUGGCUCAGUGGAUUUAGCGCCACCCUGCACAGGAAAGUGAUUCCCAGUGUUGGACACAUGCCUGUGUUGUGGGCGAGGUUUGCAGUGAGGGGUGUGUGAGAGAACCACACAUGGAUAUUUGUCUCCCUCUCAUUCUCCCUCCCUUUUCCUCUGAAAAAUAAAUAAAACAUUAGGGAAAAUACAGCUUUUAUUUCAUUUUUAGAGAGGGGAAGGGAGGGAGAAAGAGACGGAGAGAAACAGAUUGGUUUUCUCCCUCAUGUAGCCCAAUUAGGGAACGAACCCAUAACUGGCCAUCUUUCCAUCUGAGGACAACACCCAACCAAUUGAACCAUAUCUGUCAGGGCAAGGGAAAGGGACUUUUAAAAAUGUAGCUUUGUGUUUUGUUCCUUUUCUCCUGGAUGCAUGAUAAGAAAUUGAUAUAAAUGUUUAUAUGCUCACAACUUCAUAAACACUGGAGGGAUCCCCAAGAGGGAAAGCUGCAGUGGAGAGUGUCAGAGCCACAGCUCCCUGGGAUCGUGCUUCCAGUGAGGAAAAUACUUAAACUUUGAGUUUUAGGAACAGGAGAUGUCUGUAUAACUGAUGAUUUUUGCUGAUUCCCUGUGAAUAAACAGAGGCAACAUAAAUACAGAGUCCAUCUAGAAAUGGAGAUACACUUUUGGAGAUUUUAUUUUAUUUUUAGACAGGAAGGCGGGGGAAGAGAGUGAGAGAAGCAGCAGUAUGUUAUUGCCUCUCAUGCACCCCCAGUUGGGGACCUGGCCCACAACCCACGCUUGUGCCCUGAAUGGGAAUUGAACAGCUGGUCUUUUCGGUUGCCAGGCCAACAUUCAGUCCACUGAGGCACGCCAUCUAGGGUCACUUUUGGAGUUUUCAAAAGCAGUUUUUAGUUGCUACUGAACUCUUG